AUGGGUCUCAAGAAAGGUGCAAACAAGACUAAAACCUCCAAAACCAAUAUUAGAGCAAAGGUGGUUGAAUCCAUUCAACGAACUCCAAAAAUUACCAUUGAACAGAACCGAGCUGUUAAUAUUCCUCGGUAUCAUCAAAUUAUAUUUUCUGAUCUGAUCAGUAAAGAGAACUCAUUGGGUGAAGCACACUGUGAGAAACCAACCACUCCAUUCCUUUCUGACUCAACCGACACUGAAUGUCAUAACUUUAGAGUUAUGCUUGACAUUAUUGGUCAAGAAAUCAAGUUGAGAAACGUUCAAAACCUGGAAGAUGUACUGACCAGAUUACGUGAACCAUACAAAAAGCCAAAACAACAUACGUACGAAAAUCUUCCAUGGGUUCUCAAAGUAGAUGCUGUAACUUGGAUUCAAAUCUUUCUCAAUUGUUGUGAUGAUUUUACAAGAACAACAGUAAUAAGACAUAUUUUACAAUGCUCAUCCAUGCCUGUUCCUUUCAUUCAAAGAGCAAAUUUUGAACAAGAUGGUAAAUUGUCAGCUUUCAAUCUAGAUUACAUUUUAAACGACAACGAAUUACCGGUUCUUGAACAAAAGAUGCUUCUCUGCUUGGACAUGGGUGAUAAUGGUACAAUAAUGAAGCAAUUAGUAAGAGGUUACAAGCAAAUUGAAUCCACGUCCAUGGAAUUGAGAGAUGGUAAUGUUGGACUAUAUGUCAAUAGUAAUUGUAAAUAUCCAAUUGUUGCUCAUAUCAACGAUGAAUUCAAAGCUGUUCCGUCAACCUUGAAGUCUAUGCUUUCAAUUGUUGAUGCAGUGCUAUUCAUAUUUGAUCAGGAUGGUUCACCUGAAGUUAUGGAACUCAUUAUAGAUGAAAUGAAACAGAGUAAUUUGCCAUACUACAUGAUAUCUAAAGUGUCAAAGAGAACAUUGGAUGAUUCAGAUGAUGCAGUGUUCGAAGAGGAGGAUUAUCAUCCAACUCAAGGUUCCAAUGAUAUUAUUACCUGGAUUAAUACCAUCGUCAAAACUCCUAAAAAGAGUACCUUCCAAUAUCCUCCCGAUGUAGAAAUUAUCAAGAGCUAUCCUAUCUUUGAAAAUGAUCCAUUAAGAGAGUUUUAUUCCAUUCUAUUCGAGACUUUAAAAAGUGAGAAAGAUACUGAGGGUGCAGAUUUCAAAAAGAAAUAUUUUCCAAUUACAACACAUGCAAAUGCAAUUCAAGAAAUGCAAGAUCAAGUGUUUGCAAACAAGCAACUUCCAUACUCAACGAAGAAAGAAGAAGAAGAUUUCAUUGCCCUUGGAAAGGUUACCUCUGAAAAGUAUUUGACUCAAAAUCCUUCCAAAUUCAUGAUUAAACUUUUGAAGGCAUUGAAAUUGGCUGUAGAGAAUAAUUUGUUUCAACAAUUAUGGAAUGUUUUUACAUUUCAUAUUCAUAUUUUUGCCUAUCCAAAAGUUCAAAACAUUAAGCAAGAAGUACUUGGUUUAAUUGAUCAAAUUGAAGAGCUUGAAAAUUCGAAUCAGCAACCUAAUGAACCUCAAGCUAAGGACUUGGAAAAGAAAAAGUCAGAGUUGGAACAAGAAAAGAAAAAAUUAGAGAGAAAAAUGCAAUCAGAAUCGAUUGGUGUUGAACAUUUCUGGAGAGAAAUUUUCCAUAUUUGGGUACAAAUGGAUAAGAAAACUAUUGAGAAUGUCUCAAAGAACAAUGUAAUGUCAGCAAUACAAUGUGCUAUGAUGACAGGAUUCCCCAUUGAAAUUAUUGAUGGCGACUCCAACUCAAUUAAUGAACAUUUCUUAGAAGAAUUCUUUACAAAGCUGCCAAGCGAUAUUGCAAAAAGUAGAGUUCUAUUUGUUUCAAUUCUUGGCCAUCAAAGUUCUUACAAAAGUACUGUUAUGAACUCACUAUUUAAUAGUCAGUUUUCAAUGGGUCAAGGAAAAUGUACAAGAGGUGUUCAAAUUUCCUUACACAAGUGUUCGCACACAUCAAAAUAUGAUUAUAUUGUUGCUUGUGAUGUUGAAGGUUUAGAAUCUGUUGAAAUGGAGAUUAACAAGAACUCUUCUUUUAAUUCAUUCUUUUAUAAUCAUAGAUUGGCUUUAGUUUCUAUUUACUUGUCGCAUUUAGUUCUUAUUUCAAGUAAGGGUGAAGUUGACGCAACAUUAACAGGUACAUUAGAAGUCUGUAUUUAUGCCAUGGCCAUGUUGAAGAAGACAUUAUCUCAUCCUUCAUUCUGUGUGGUUUCAAACAAUUGUACUGACACUAAACAAGAUGCAUUACUUCACAAUGACAAAAUCAAACAGUUAUUAGUGAGAGGAGUCUCUAAAUUCAAUGAGCACUUUAAUGAAGACGUCCAAUUAUCAGAUCUGGUUCCAUCUCGUGAGUGCAUGUAUUUGACACCUGCUUUUGAACCAGAAACUAAAAACUUUACCAGAAGUUAUAGUUACAGAGUACGAAAGUUGUUGGACUAUAUUUUGACAAUUCCAACACAUCAAGAUUUCUCAAACUUUGGUUCUUGGGUAACCAAUCUAUUGAGUGCGUGGAAAUCUUUGAGAGAACACGAUUUCGCUCUCUGUUAUAAAGACUUGACAGAGUUAGAAAACUUCCAACAACUGAAAAACAUAGGCAAAGAGUAUGAGUCUUCUGUGGCACUUGAAUUGGAACAAUUGGUAUUGAAAUAUCGUACGGAAAACGUUGAUUACUUGGAAGUUAUUGCCAAAAUUGAAGACCUUGCCUUUCAAGUAUUUGAAAACUAUAAGGAAAAAAUCAAAGAAGACAAAUUCAUGUUAUGGAAAGACAAAUUUACAAUCAAUUUUGAUAAUUUCAAGAAUGAUUACAUAACAAAAAAGAAAGCAGAGAUGAAAGUUGUUCAGGCAUUUAAAAAUACUACCAAUCAAGUUGGUGACGCUAUUCAGCAAGUUAACAGAAAAAUCAAAGAGGAAUAUCAGCUAUUGAAACAAAUGUCAGAAAAAGAGAGAGAAGAAAGAAUCAAUACUUAUUGGAUGGAAAGCAGAGCCAAUAUCCAAAAAGUUUCUGAAGAUUUCAAAAAAAGAAUUGAAGAAAUGGAAUAUGAAUACCGUGGACUUGUUAGAAGAUAUUGGAUAGAAACCAAUUUAUCAUGCCAAGCUCUAUCAAAAGAAGAUGUUGACGUUGAUGAAAAAGCGUAUAUUCUUUUGGUAAAGGUUUCAAAAGAACAAUUUAGAACACUUUUUGAUCAAAUUGGCUUAGAAAUUAGUAAGAGAGGGAGAUUUUCAAUUUAUGAGUUCGGUGAUAUGUCAACCCAUUUGUCUAAUCUUUACAAUGGAUGGUGUGGAAAGAAUCAUCUUGAACCUUGUAUUGAAAGAAGAAAAAAGGUUUUUGGAUAUUGUAUCAAUCCACUUCUUCAGCAAUACACAAAGAAGGAAACAGAGUUUGUCAAUGAAAAUGAUCCUCUCAUCAAAUAUGACAACACCAAACCAGUAUUCAUAGCUACAGCUAAUACGUCAUUCAAAGAUAUUGUUGAUGAUUUUGACAAUGCCAAAAACAUUGCUAAAAAAUUAUAUGAUCUAAUCCAGUCAAUCGCAAUAGAUUCCUGCUAUCUAAAGAUAUACAAUUAUUUGGAGAACUCCUUAUUGCUUAGUAAUUUAGAAUUUGAUUCUGCUAAAUUAGCAAAGGAAAAUAAUUUACUUGGUGCAAAACUUUACUUCACAAAUAUUGAACUAUUUGCAAAGAAUUAUCUGGUUAAAGAACAAGAAAAAAUUAUUUCUCAAAAUAUUCAAGAUCUAUUGCAAGAGAUGAAUACUGUUAUUGGAAAUCAUGUCCGGUUUUUAAAUGAAAUAAUAUCAAAUAGUGAACCAUCCAAUGCUCAAGACUUGUAUGAAAAGAUAAAGCAACAGUCCUCAUCCACAAAAUAUGCAAACCUUGGCUCUGAAUUCACAGUAAUACUUUUCAAGGAUUGUAGUACUAUUGGAGGAAAAAUAAGCCAAGAGCUUACCAGUUUAAAAGAGAAAUCUCCAAUUACAACCAUACCAGUAUUUGAAUUUGAUGACCUCCUGAAAAGAAAAAUUGGCUGUACUCAUCAAUGCCCUUGUUGUGGAGCAAAGUGUGCUCAUGGUUAUGGACAUUCUGAAAAUCAUAGCACUAUAGUUCACCAUUUUUGCUCUUUUAGAAGCGUUCGCGAAAAGCAUUCGCAGGAGGCUUGUUUGGAGCUUUGUACUGAACAAAAACCUGGAACGCUCUGGAAUGACAUUCCUUGGGGUGAGUAUGUUACCAAGGGAGAUAUGGCCAACUGGGAUGUAAAGUAUGACCAGGCGUCUACCAGAUCUGCAAGAAUGUGGGUGAAAAAGAUGUGGUCUGUUUUGGGAGAAGAGUUUUGUAAAGAAUAUAGAAUGAAAUUCAAAACAGAUCCAUCAUGGGCUGACAUAACAUGGGAGAGUCUCAAUAUCAAUUAAACUCAAACUUAUCAUCUAAUACUUGUACCAAUCUGCUCAUUUCAGUUUAGUUCAGAAUAUCUUCCGUCUUACUAUGUCCCAACCAAGUAGUUUUAACAAAUAAUUUAUUUGAUACAAGGUUUAAUCAAGAUCUACAUCUUCGUCUUCUUGUUUGCUUGGUGGUGGGACUCUUC